UUGGAAAACCUAAACGAAACAGAGCGCUGGCCGCUGAGCGAGACGAAACAGCCUCCUGCCCUCCUCGCCGCCAUCAUCGUCCUCGCCGCCAGAGGCCUCGUGAGGACCUCCGACUGCCAUCAAAUCUGUCGCCGGCCGCCACCAUCAACUUCCUUGCACUAUGUUGGAGGGUUCCAGCCUUUGACAGGGAGGAAUCCGCUUCACCACCAUCAACAGAGCCUCCUCGCUGCCAUCAUCGUCGCUCGGCCGCAUCUGGGUAACGCAAAGAUUCAGUGUUCCUCGUCGCUAAUCCACCCAUCGACGACGAAGAGCCAGAAGCAGACGACAGGGUGCAGAAGUGGAGAUUGGCGAUUUCACGAGCAAGUAGCAACUCCUCUGGGUUCGAAGCUUCUGCCUUUGGUCACAUCCUAA